UUUAAGCGAUACGCCAUUAUCUAGCCCCCUCAAUUUUUUGGCUAAAAGAAUAACGCCACUGCCUGGAUAUGCGUCUGUUUUUUUUUUUAUUGAUGUCAUUACCUGGGGGAUUUCUUUAGUAAUUGGAAGCGCCGGGGGGGGGGGGGGGAGCAGACGGACGAUUGGCAGAUGACAUACGUGCAUCAAGUCAGCGUGUAUGACAUGUGAAUUGAAUCCAAAGUUCAAAGAUUGUCAAAAACAGUGGGACAUAUCGAAUUACAUGUUAAAAACUUCAAGAAAGAUAUCCGGUCGUCCGGAAAGAAGAGGAUUUAUACUAUUAUAGGCUUAUAUGCAGUGAACAGCGAGAAGACACCGAAAAGGGUAUUGUAUAUAUAUAUAUAUAUAUAUAUAUAUAUAUAUAUAUAGGCCUGCUCUAUGAGGAAAAAAAUAUAUAACUAAUAACACUCCCGAACAAUGAAGUUUUUUAUAUUAUAGGGGGACUCACUUUUUCAAAGAUCUUGUUCUCGUUGAAAUAAAAAAAUAAUGAAUGUUCGAUAGUGAUAUAUAUAAUCGAUUAAAUUUUCUUCCUAGUAAAGGCAAGCAAGUUAACCCCCCCCCCCAAAAAAAAAAAAAAAUUGAGAGAGCGAAAGAGAGAGAAAGGAGGGGGAUUAGAGCUAUUGCACUGCAAAAACUCCGGUAUUGAUUUACCACCAGCCCGGAAUCUAUAGGCCUAUAUAUGUCCACACCAGAGAAGUAUUGAAACAUCACCAGUUUGGAAUCAAACCGAUGUUGUUUUAAUACUAAUUGGUGUUGUAUAUAUACACCUAUUUGGUGUUAGACCAAAACCAAACACUUCUCUGGUGUGGACAUAUAUAUAUUGCGGGCUGGUGUUAAAUCAACACCGGUGUUUUGCAGUGUACUCCCUAAAUAUAAUUCAUCUAUUUGUUUAUUUUUCUCCCUUGAAACAUUCAUCAAUGUAUAUUCAUAUUCAACAAUGAUUGGAAAUGUCAUUCAUGUCACCCCAUGCAUCGUCUAGUCUGCAAGCGCAGUCUCAAAUUUGACACUUUCACAAAUGAUUCCAUGUCUAGAGUGAAAACUAGACUCCAAUCUCGAGGUGUCUGUGUCAACGGUAGAAGCAGAGUAGUAGGCCCAUGGUUGAAGCAACCGCAGUUAAGUUAAUCUAGUCUCACUACUUCAGACUCUGUGUUAUGCACUUUGCAAAAAUCAAAUGUCUGUGUCUGUAGACUACCCACGGGUCGACCUUUGGCAUUUCCUCUACACCCCACCCUGACAUAGCAAUCGACCACUUCCCAAUGUUUGAACACGUUCCAACCAACACAUCAACAUCGUGAACAGGAUCACAUGGUUUCGAUAACGGAAAAUGCAAUAUUUGACUGGAACAUUCAGCUCCUGUCAUGUGUAUGUGCCAUCAAAUAGCAAGUUUACUAAACAGAAUCACCAUGAUGCCAUCAACUGCCACCCUAUUUCUUCUCCUGAUCGCCGUCCUGGUCUUCCUCCAAGUCGAUGGCUACGGCAGUGGGGCUCCUUUGUCGACGUGUCCUCAUGGGAAUGCCAUACACAAAUCAAAACACAGCAACUACACAGAGUUUUACUCUCCUCAGCCAGCAGAAACAAAUCCUUUCGUUUUUCGUUCUGAAUUUGACGAAUAUUCUCCUGGGAAGAGCCACAGAGUGUCAAUUUCUGGUCAGAAUGGGGAGCUAUUCCGAGGGUUUUUUCUUCAGGCUCGGAUCAUCAAUACCUCAACCCCAGUUGGAGUAUUCUCUGACCUACCAGCCCUUACCAAGAUAGUAAGAUGCUCUGGGACAUCAGAUGAUUCGGUUACCCACACUAGUUCAGAUGACAAAGAGGCGCUAUCAUUCGUAUGGACCGCACCUAAUCAAUGCGUAGGAAGUAUCUCAUUUAUAGGUUCUGUAGCCCUCCAUCAUUCAACUUUCUUCGUCAACAUGACGUCAUCAGCUCUUGAAUGCAAUGCUGCGGCGAUUCUUCGGGUCAACUUAUACGUGCUGGCCAUUGCUUACAUUUCGACACGUCUAAUCGGUACAGUGGAUUAGACUGGUAACGAUCUUUGUUGUUCUACACUUUUCACUGAAAAUUUAUCAUUUUGCAUGACUUUGGUAAUUAUAUUGAUUUCACACUGUAUCGUAAAAAGGGAAAUGCAAUAAAACUUAGAAAAUAUUUUCUUAUUACGAGCAUUUGUGACAAUGAAAGGGAGAAUACAACUUGCAAAAAACCAAAGAUUUUAAUGAACUUUAUCAGGGAAAUGUCCAUGCACUUUUUCUUUGCAUCUUUGCAUUUUUCGUAAAUUUUCAGGUAAUGAUUCAUAUUUUUUGCUACAUUUUGCCAAUUUACGUUGUGACAUGUUAGUUUAUUUCAAAGUAACUUCCAAUCCUUUCUAUGUACCUUAAACUGUGCACCAUGUCGUUCCCACGGAUCUUACAAAGGGUCCAUUAUUUAACAUUCCUUUUAAUAUUUACAAAAAGGAGUGAGAGGGAAAUUAAGUACUACAAUGGCAGGAAAUGAAAUGAAAUUAUAUUAUAUUUAAUUCCUCUGUGGAAAAUGACCUUUACGUAUUAAAUGAGACAAUGUUCUUUUGAUACAAUAAUAUGCAAUUUCUUAGCUUGGUCGCAAAAUGGAAGAAAUAAUUGAUAUGAAAUAGAUAAGCAUUUCUUUUAACAUACAUUUUCAAUACAUGUGUUUUAUAAUUUGAAUUUGUUAAUCGUAUGCAUUUAUUGUAUUUGUUAUCAAAUAUUAGUGUACUACGUACUAUUCUUGCAACAAAAAUAAUGCUCUUCAAAUGCUAUCCACUUUAUGUAUAAUACAAAACAUGUUGAAUAUUCUCUUGUAUAUAGUAGGCCAUUUUUGCUACUACCCCACACACCAGUCUCUUAUCAGGGAUAAUAUCUCUUUGCAACGAUUUGAGACCUUACACUUUUAUUUGUGAAAACCACUUCAAGAGUAGAUUAAAAUUUCAUACUUGUCGAUUCCAUUUGUCGAUCCUCCUCACAAUUAUUGUUUAGAGCAAAACUUAAGUUUUCAAAGGGAUGGUCCGGGCUGAAAAUAUUUAUAUCCAAAUAAAUAGAGUAAAAAUCACAAAGCAAAAUGCCAAAAAUUUCAUCAAAAUCGGAUAGCAAAUAACGAAGUUAUUUAAUUUUAAAGUCUAUCACUAUUUUGUAAAAACAGUUGUAUGCACAUCGUCAUGAAUAUUCAUUAGGUGGGCUGAUGAUGUCACAUCCCCACUUUCCUUUUUUUAUGUUAUUACAUGAAAUGAUUUUUUUCAUACAUGUGUAAAUGAUGUGUCUCCAUUAUGAUGAAAUAAGUUGCGGCAGUAAAUAACUAAUGCACUUAAUCAGUUGUCAAUCCAAUUGAUUCAGUUCUUGGUAGAAUUUUUUUAAAUAAACCUAAUUUCAUAUAAUAAAAUACAAAAGAACAAGUGGGGAUAUGACAUCAUCAGCCCACCUAAUAAAUACUCAUAAAGACUUUAAUAGACUGUUUCACCGGAAUAAUGCAAAUCUUUAAAAUUCAAUAACUUCGUCAUUUGUCAUCCGAUUUUGAUCAAAUUUUUAGCAUAUUGCUUUGUGAAUUUUACUCUACUUAUUGAGAUAUAAAUAACUCCAGCCUGGAUCAUCCCUUUAAUAAGUUAUUUUACAUUCCAUUUCGUAUUUUUAAUUUCUUAGUCAUUGUUGUGUUUUUAUCUUUAUUAUUUAUUUAUUUUAGAAUUUAUGUUCUCUUUGAGGAAAUCAGCUUGAUAAUAUGGAUUGAGUGUGUUAUUAAAUUUGGGUUGAUUCAA